UCUCUUUCAGAAGAUAUGAUCAUAUUUCCUGCAAUCAGAGGGCUAUGCCUGCUGAUUCUUCAACCCCGUGCCCUCAAUGAUGAUGGCCGAAAUAACCGAAGUAGACGGAGUUUGAGACAUACAAGCACCACCAAAGCAGCUGCGGCACAGGAUGGCAGUCUCCGGGCGGUCUCUGUUCCCAGCUGCGGCACAGUAAAUGACGCUUCUCCACAUUAUAUGAUGGCCUGGCGCCUGGCACGGCGUCCGUUCACUGUGUACGGCGUGUGGAUCAUGUCGACGAUGCAUUCGAAAGGCAUACCUGAAGUGCGCCUUACUGCUAAACACAUUCGCUACGGUUCAUUUGCACUUUUCAUCGUCUUCGUCUGCAGUCUAGGCCUCUGGUCUGAUUCUAUUCUAUUUCCUCUGCACAAGCUCUCUCCUAUUGCUGCCAGCCUCGAACUCCCAGCCAACUCUACACUUGGAUUUGGAGCUUUACUUGCUGUCUCACCAUCAACCUCCCCGCGUCGCCAUGGUCUUAUACAAGCGGCGAAUGUCACGGACAUUCAGAUCACAUUCCCUGAAUUGCCGAAAUGGACGGACGAAGAUGAGCAAAACUUCAGGGCUCCGAGUGGCGUCGGAGAUUCGAGUCUUACGAAAGGCAUGAUAUUUGCGUGGCUGAGCCAUUUGCAUGUAUUGAGAUGGUUUCUGGAAUCUGGCCUAGAGACUGCGCUCAUCAUGGAAGAUGAUAUGGACUGGGACAUACAUCUCCGGACUCUGCAAAUUCCUCGAGUCGCCGCCUCGAUCCGUUCGCUUUUCAACCAAACCAAAGAUCCAUCCCUUUACUACUACGGCGACCUCAAUCGCUGGGAUAUGAUCUAUCUUGGUCAUUUCGACCGCUGGAGCUGGCUAGGAACAGAGAUUGGUGUUGGCGUCCUGAUUCCGUCAAAUCUUACGGAUCACCCACACCGAUACAUACUAGAUGACACCAUGCCGCCGCGUUACGACAUGCAUCCAGAAAUGGCAUCUGUCCUCACAGCCCUGGACGUGCCCCCAAACACCCGGAUCCUGCAUCCCUCAAAGUUCCCCUUCGGUAGCUGGGCGUAUGCCGUCACCCGAGAAUCUGCGGCUCGGAUUCUCUCUGACGACGUGGCGAGCGCGGCAGCCCCAAAAUGGGCACAAAUGGACUCGUUGGACAACGCCUUGUCACGGGCCUGUGGAGGUGGAGCGUUGCGGUGCUACACAGUCAACCCGGAGAUCUUCCAUCACCUAGAGGGUCCGAAGAAUUCACUGAUCGACUACAAUUAUGACCGCGCGGAGAAGUCCGAGGCUGUGAUCAACCAAAGACUUCGUACAGGGGAGACGGAUCACAUCCGGUGUGGGUUUGCAAGUGGGCAUUUUGAGUUUGGUAAUAAUACGAAGCUCUUGAAGCACUUCCAAAAGGAAGUAGGAAGGAAAGGGAGGUGUUUGAAACCUGGCCGUGAUGCGCUUGAGUAAAGAAAGACGCACUCCGUGUAGAUGUAAUUAUACUAGACAAUCAAAUAGAUGCUUGGGUUUCAAGAUUGUGCUUUUGAG